ACUCAUGAGUCACUCGAGAUUUUGCUGGCCCGUGCACAGAAAAACCUUCAAGAGCUUUGUUCGGCUCGCCGGAAAAAUCUUCGCUGACGACUUCUCCGGCGAAUUCCCGGAUGUGUGCUACUUUGCGCCUUAUGCGCAUCAAUUUCAAGGUAGGUCAUUUCCCCCUGUUUCGGACAUCAUUGUACACUUCACAAUUGUUAGUCUUACACUCCCUCACUCCACCCCACAAAACCAUAAACCCUAAAGUUUCCAGGUUUUCUACUGAUAGCUCAUAUUGCAGUUCAAAAUCAUUAGUGUUUGUAAAAGGGUAUGAUUUUCUUGAGCAAUUUACCCCUUUUAAAAAUUUAGCAAAAUCUUGUACUUACACUGUCAUUACCUCAAAUGAGAAGCGUAAAAUUAUUGUGGGGUUGUCAAGAAUGAUAAAAGAUGAAAACGGUUGGCUUUUGGAAGCAUUUUCAAGAGAUUUUUGCCCAUCAUUUUUGGUAAAAAUUAUGAAGUUGUUUGAUGAUAGAGAAGUCGCAUUUGCAUUUUUUAAGUACGUUCUUCAAGAUUAUUCUGAGAAUACUCUGAAGUCAUGUUGUAUUAGUGCGCAUUUUUUGGCUGCUGAGGAGUUGAGGCUAUUGGCACAGGAUAUGCUUUCUUGGAUCAUUAGGAAGGUUGGAAAAUGUAGGAGUGAUGAGGUGGUGGAGUUCAUGUGGAGGGAGCAUUAUAAGUAUGAGAGUGAAUUUUCUGUUCUUGAUUCAUUAAUGCGGGCUUUUUUAACCGCAGAAAUGGUUUCGGGUGCAUUAGAGAUUUGGAGUAAGAUGAGAGACAAUGGGUUGAGGCCGAGUUCAUCUGCUGUCUGCAUCCUAUUUAAGUUGUUGCUUAGGAUUGGUGAUUAUGGUAGUGUCUGGAAGUUAUUUCGGGACAUGUUGCAAAAAGGGCCUCGUCCUACUGACGCUCUCUUUAAUGCAAUGAUUCUUGGAUAUUGUAGAAAAGGUAGGCUUCAGACAGGAGAAAGUUUGUUUCAUCUGAUGCGGAAGUUUGGAUGUGAGCCAGAUGUUUUUACAUAUAAUAUUUUGAUCAAUGCAUACUGUACCAGGGGAUGGACUUCAGAUGCAUUGGAAUGGGUGCAUAUGAUGGUCGAACAUGGAUGUCAUCCUAGUAUCUCUACCUUUACUACAGUUAUCAGUGCUCUAUGUAAGGAAGGGAAUGUGGUGGAAGCCAGAAAAUUGUUUGAUGGAAUGCAAGAUGUGGGUGUCUUUCCUAGCACUGUCACGUAUAACGCUCUGAUGGAUGGCUAUGUCAAAGCUCGAGAAAUUUUUCAAGCAAGUAUGCUAUAUGAAGAAAUGAAAAGGAAGGGUGUAGCUCCAGAUGCUAUAACUUUUAACAUUUUGGUGGCAGGUCACUAUAAGUAUGGUAGGGAAGAGGACGGCGACCGGUUAUUAUGGGAUCUAACAGUGGGGGGGCUUUCUUCAGAUUAUUUAUCAUCUGAUGUAUCUAUUGCAGGGUUGUGUUGGGUAGGAAGGUUAAAUGAGGCUGUGACAUUGUUGGAUAAUCUGCUAGAAAAGGGGAUACCUGUUAGUGUAAUAGCUUUUAAUUCCAUUAUUGCUGCAUACAGCAAAGAAGGGUUAGAAGAAAAGGCAUUUGAAGUCUAUAAUAUUAUGGUUCAAUUUGGUCAGUCUCCUUCAGCUUCGACAUGUGCUUCUCUGCUCCUCAGCUUGUCAAUGACGGGGAGGCUGCAAGAAGCAAGAGAUUUAAUGGCUAAGAUGAUUACAAUGUCCUUCCCUAUUAACAUAACUGCUUGCACUGUGCUUCUGGAUGGUUAUUUUAAGAAAGGGGAUGUAAUGGGAGCUAGAACAUUGUGGGAAGAGAUGGAAAAGAUGGGAAUCGCUCCUGAUGCUGUUGCUUUUUCUGCAUUAAUAGAUGGGCUUGUCAAAGCUGGCUCUGUUGGAGACGCUUAUGAUGCCUUUCUUCAGAUGAUUAGGAAAGGACUUGUACCAAAUAAUUUUGUUUAUAAUUCGCUAAUUACUGGUUUUUGUUAUAGCGGAAAUAUGAAUGAGGCUCAGAAAUUAGAAAGGGACAUGAGGGAAAGGGGUCUUCUCCCAGAUAUCUUUACAAUUAAUACCAUCAUUAAUGGUUUCUGCAAACAGGGAAGGAUGAAACUUGCUACUGAUUGUUUCGUGGAAAUGCAUCGAAGUGGUUUACAGCCUGAUAUUGCUACGUAUAACACCUUGAUCAAUGGAUUCUGUAAGGCAUUCGAUGUGGUUAAUGCAGAUAACUUUAUGACAAGAAUGUAUGCCAGUGGAUGGGAACCUGACAUCACAACCUACAAUAUAAGGAUUCAUAGUUUCUGUAGUACUAGGAGGAUAAAUCAAGCCGUUAUGAUUCUGGAUGAGCUUGUAUCUGCUGGUGUGGUGCCAAAUACUGUUACAUACAACAUUAUGAUGAAUAGUGCUUGCAAUGACAUAUUGGACCGUGCAAUGAUUUUGGCUGCAAAGUUGCUUAAGAUGGCGUUCAUUCCAAAUACUGUUACAGCUAAUUUACUACUUUCUCAUCUAUGGAAGCAGGGACUACCUCAGCGUGCGUUGGUUUGGGGGCAGAAGUUGAGCGAAAUUGGUUUUGAGUUUGACGAAAUAACACAUAAAAUAUUGGACAAAUCUUCUCAUUGUAUACAAGAAAACACAGAUUAUUGUACAGAAACAACAGAAAAGAGUCUUUUUCUAGACUUCCUCAUGUACAUUACCUAUGACCACAUACGUAGAAGUAGGGCUUAUAGUGAUAAUAAUGACAGCUCUUUCGAACUAGUUGAAGAUGGACCUUGUGGGUCCUUCAAGUUAGUCAAUAAGGCUACUGUUUAGCAAUCUGAUGAAAGAGCAAGAAACUGAAUGACUACCAGCCCGGAAAUUCUUGUGGAAAUGAAAACAGAAAAACCUACUGAAACAACCAAUGUAGCUUCAGUAAAGUUUUCAAAUGCUGAAGAAGCUUGAAUUUCUUUUAACCGUAGAUGCUUCCCAACAUUGAAGUUGGUAAUUGCGUCAUGAAGCUGCAGUUGCUAUGGCAAGUUGCAAUAUUUAUGAAUGCUGUUUGGAGAUCCAAAUUGUGCCCAGAGGACUGCUUGAAAAAGAUUCUGUGAUGACUCCUCUAUCACUCCUCUGUGCACCUGCGGGAGAAGAGACUUAGAUGCUGCUCUAUGUACAGAAUUUCCCUGAAGUUUUCUUGAGUUGAUAAUGAAGGUUAUGGAAAGUAAAUUAUUGCUUGUUCUGGAUGUGCCUAAAGAUUUGAUUCUGAAAAGGAACUAUUAUGAAGAAUGAUAAAAUAUCAAGAGCUGCGUUAUGGGAAACACAGCGACAGCAGUAGAUUUCCGAGGAUCGUGAAUUUGUUAUUGUAAGGUUUUACCAACUGUUAUCAAUCAAAAAAGGGUUUGGUAGCUGCUGUCAAUCAUGAAAGGUUGUGCCAGCUUCUGUCGCUCUUACCAUUGAAAUUUUGCGGACCUGGUCCAAACAGCGCGAAAGGAAUGAUUAGGAUUCAUAUGCAGACCCAACUAGCCUGGAAUUUGUUGUUGUUGAUGUUUGUAAACCUCCCAACAAUGAUGGAGCUGGAUGUGCAAAGUGCUUUGUCCAAACUACUGGUGAUCAGUGCCAUUAUGGUCCUUUGAUCUGGAGACUGUUGGAAUGGCUGCACAAGGUUCUUGUACCUUGUACAGUAUCAUGGCUAUGCCGAAAAUAGAAGCUGUUCUGGACUUUGGGGGAAGCUGGAAAGUAUAUAGCCCGAGUAGUAUCAGUGAGUCUCCACACAAUAGGUGUGGGUUCGAUCCCCGCUACUCUUUUCCCCUUCCCCAGCCCCGACACCCUUAUGUAUUAAAGAAAAAGAGUCGCAUAAUUGAUCAACAACAGUCCUUGCUUAUUUGUAUGAUGAAAGUUUUUAAUCCUCU